CCAAACAACGUAUAAAAAUAAAAUGCUAGCAAUUGAUAUUGGUUAUUUGCUAAGAAUAUGAAUUAAAUGUUUGAGUGGUUAAAUAUAGUUAGCAUAACGUUAACAUUUUGUCGUAAUCAAAUGCUUUGUUAAGAAGAGACAUAUUGAAUAAGCAUAUUGUUAACAAAAAGGGAGCAUACAAUAUUUUCAAUUUGCUAACAGAUGUAGACAUAUUGCUAUUAUUAUACCAGCAUAAAUUGUUUAUUGUAUGCUGUUAUUAGGCUGUGCUACAGUGCGCUCCUUUAUAUAUAUCGAUAUGUCGAAUAUAACAAAACAAUGAUGAUUGCGAAAUGCCAUAAGCAUUAAACGAAAAGCAGUGUUGUGCAUGUAUCGUUCCGAGCGAAAAUUUUAUAUUUGAUUUAUUGUGUUUAUUUUGUGUGCAGCAAAAACAAUUAAAAAUUAUCUGCUAGUUAAGAAGCAUCGAGAAAAUAUUCAUAUAAAUAAUCAUUUGCGCCUAUCCAUGUGUCAUUGAUGUAAAAGAACACGCACUAAAUAUUUACAUUUUCCGUAUAUAUUUUUAUUUUGUGUGUGUGAAAAAUGGAGAAAAUUAAUAUGAAACGUUUACGUAAACCCUUAACAAAACUGUUUGUAAGGCAGCAACAAAGAAUUCGAAAAGAAUUGCGUGAAUCAACAAUUAAUAAAGCAGCAGCAGUUAUUGAUAAUAUUGCAGAAAAAACAAUCUCACAUGAUACUUUAUCCGACAUUGAUACAAUUCGUGCUUUAGAAAAUGAACCUUUUAUUAUUACAUUCAUGGAUAAUAAUCAAACUGUCCUUGACAAAAGCAGUUUUAUUUUUUCAUCAAUAACUGAGUGCAGUGAUUGUGAAGAAUUCAACGCUUUCAGUACUGAAAAGGAUUAUGAGGAAUCUAUGAAUAAUUCAUCAGAAAGCGAUAUUGACAUAGUCGAUAAAGAAUCAUUUCAAAUUCUUUUAGCAGAUUGUUUAAAAAAAAAUAUCACAUGCAGUUGGUAAAGACAUCUUGAAUGUAUUGUAAUAAGAAGUCAUAAAUGUUUAAUUGAUCUGGCAAAAGAUCCAAGAACGUUACUCAAAACUCCUCGUGAAAUGGCAAACAUUGUUAUGAUUGAACCAGGAGAAUAUCUUCAUCUUGGUGUGAAGAAAGGAAUUUGUCGAACUCUUGCUCUAGCUUUGCCACUUGUCAUUCCAGAAAUACUUUUAAUUGAUUUCAAUACUGAUGGUAUGGCAUUGCAUAGAAGUGAUAAUGUUCAACUUUAGCCUAUACAAAUUAGAGUAGCAAAUAUAUACAAUAGCAAGCCAGAACUAGUAGGUAUUUAUAAAGGUCCUAGUAAACCGUGCAGUGCUGAACAAUUUUUUGUUGCGUUUAUCUCCGAAAUGACAGAAAUCGUACAGAACGGCAUUAUAUUUAAAGGUAAAAUUAUACCCGUUUCUCUGAGGUGUUUCAUUGCUAACAUACCAGCUCGUUCAUUUUCUUUAAAUCAUAAGGGUCACAUGUCUCUCAAGCCCUGUUCAAGAUGCAAAGUUUCUGGCAAAAUGUGUGAAAGACGUGUUGUUUUUCUUGGUUCAAAUCACCCUCUAAGAAAUGAUGUAGAGUAUGAGAGAAGAAUCGAUGCUAGUCAUCACAAACAAGGUGCUAUUCCACUAUCUGGUCUUCCAAUGGGAUUAGUUUCUCAAGUACCUUUUGAUUAUAUGCACUUAGUCUGCUUAGGUGUAGUUAAAAGAAUGCUACGGGCAUGGGUUGAUGGUGGAUUUGAACCAACUCGUCUUUCUGCCACGUCUCUUAAAACUGUAUCGGCUAGAAUGGAAAUCGUAAAACAUUACUGCCCUCGCGAUUUUGCUCGUUUACCUCGUUCAAUUACAGAUUACAAUAAUUUCAAAGCCACUGAAUUCCGACAAUUUUUGUUGUAUACCGGACCUGGAAUAAUGUAUGGAAUUCUUAACGAGAGUAUUUAUCUUCAUUUUCUUAUUUUACAUGCUGCAAUCCGUAUUCUUGUGUCACAGACUCCUUCAGAGGAUUUAUUAACAUUUGCAGAAAUGGGAUUACAAAUAUUUGUAGAACACUGUCCUUCUUUAUACGGCUCCCAUUUUGUUUCGUUUAAUAUUCAUGGUUUAUUGCAUCUUGUUCAAGAUUUUCGCAACUUUGGAUCAUUAGAUACAUUUUUUGCUUUCCCGUACGAAAAUAACAUGACUGCCAUCAGGAGAAUGUGUAGAAAGCCAGGCCAAAUUUUGCAACAAAUUAGAAAUAGAAUGCGAGAAGGUAGCAUUGGGAAAAAAAUUGUUUAUCCACAGCAAGCUUCGAUCAAGAUGUUUGAUAGUCAUAAAAAUGCACCUAUCACGAAUAAUCUUUUACUUGAACCUGAACAAUAUCGAAAAUGAGAACUGAGAAAAUGUUUUUAUCAAUUUUGCCACAAAACAAUUGUUGUAUUUUACACGAUCUGAGCAUUUGUAUAAUUGUAAACUUUGUCAAAGUUCAAAACAAUCCUUAUUUAAUUGUAAAGAAAUUCACCAGUGUAGAGAAUUUUUAUGACGUUGGAAUUGAAUCAGCAUCGGUGGGUGUUUAUAAGUGCAAUGGACUAUCAGACAAUAUCUAUAAAGUUCAUUUUUCGAAUGUAAUGAGCAAAUGUUAUGUUGUACCUUUUUGGCAAAUUUCUAACUUAGAGGAAUCUUUUGACAAUAAUAGUGAACUGCUGGAAAAUCAAUUUAUUGUUACCGUUCUUAAUAUUUAAUAAAUGUAGUUUGAUUAUAUUAUUAGCAAUGCAAUGUGCUACUAAUUAUUAUUGUUUUGGACAUAUGAUUGUCUAACAAUUUUAUUGAUAAUAAUUACUAACUUUAUUUGCUUAAGUUUUGAUUCUAUAAAUGUAAUUCUAAAAAUGUUAACAUUAUCGUAUAUGUAUAUUACUUGUAAAUUUUCUCCAUUCAUUUAAUGUGUAAUAAGAAAAUAGUACAUGAUGUAUAUAUUAAGAUCCUGACAAUUGACUGGAAAUUUAGAAAAGAAAGAAAAUUGUAAGUGAAUACAUUUUCUCUCCUCUUAGGAUAUGAUAUUGCAUGUGUACGUUCUUUCUAAAAAUGCAAAUAUAAAAAAUUGAAUGUUUUGGUCCCUUCUAU